AUGUCCAGUCACCUAUUCGUAAACGGCCGUAUCUUCACCAGUGUAGAGGGUGAGCCACUGCACGCCUCAUUCAUUAUCAGAGACGGAAAAGUACAAACAGUAGGAGAUAGUGCGGAUGAGAAGAUAAGAAAUUCAGUGGACAGAAUAACAGACCUGGAAGGUGCGGUUGUCCUCCCAGGCUUGAUCGAUGGUCAUACUCAUCUUAUCCAGAUGGGCGCGAGUCAGACUAAAAUCGAAAUGCUGGGGAAAUCUGCCUUGGAAGUUCAAAAAGCUCUGCUUAAUGCCAGACAGCCAUCUUCUCUCUAUCUGCUUGGUAAAUCUUUCCUGUUCGAUGCGCUAGGUGUGCCGCCCACCAAAGCCACUCUCGAUGAAGUAAUCCCGGAUAUUCCAGUAUUUAUCGACUCUGCAGACCUUCACUCCUGCUGGCUGAACUCGAAAGCGAUGGAAGCGUUGAAAAUCUGCAAAGAUACUCCAGCUCCUGCGGGUGGCGAGUUCGUGAGAGAUCAAGAUGGAGAGUUGACCGGACUCUUCUUGGAGACCGCCGUGACCGAAUAUGUGUGGCCAUACAUUGCUUCACUUCUUACCUUGGAAGAUAGGUUGGAUUCCCUUGAUCGUGCAUUCGCAGCCUACCUUGUCUCAGGAGUCACUGGAGUAGUAGACAUGGCGAUGGACGAAGAAGAACUAGUCGCGUUGGAAGAGUACCAUAGGCGUAGACCCGGCGGAUUACCGAUGCGGGUGGCCGCGCAUUGGAUAGUCUCCCCCAACGGAACUGCUGAGGAGCGAAUAGCAGCAGUUCAGAAAGCAGCCGAGCAUCGGGAUCGACUGGCUAAGCUCGCAACGCCUCUUAGCAUGUCGGGUAUCAAGAUCAUUUGCGAUGGAGUGGUCGAUAGUUGUACAGCGUACCUCAGCAAACCAUAUGCUAACGGAUUGUUACCAGGUCCAAUCUGGCCAUUAGAUAAUCUCAAACCAAUAGUGGCUUUGGCGGACUCUUUGGGGUUACAAGUGGCGAUACAUGCUAUUGGGGAUGCUGCGUCUUCUUCCGCAUUAGAUGCCUUCGAAUAUGCUGUUACAGCUAAUCCUCCUCAAACGAUGCCUCGAUUUCGUAUCGAACAUUUGGAGGUCGUGAGUCAAGAAAGCAUCAAACGGCUGACUAAGCUUGGAGUCGUCGCCUCCCUUCAACCAGUACACGCGGAUCCCAUCUAUCAGCCCAAUUGGAGACUACAGCUUGGUGAAGAUGAACGAUGUGACCGAGCAUUCCCCUGGACGGAGUACCACAACUCUCACGUCGCUUUCGGCUCCGAUGCUCCUACCGCACCACAUCAUCCAUUCCCUAAUCUUUAUACUGCGACGACUAGACGUUCCGGUGUCGACCCAAGCCUAUCCCCUUCCACAGAUCCCCGGAUCCUCGCACUAGAUCGAUUCAACCUAAAACUGCAGAAAGCCAUCCAAUAUUACACUGCUGGUUCGGCCUAUUCAAUCAGAGCCGCGGAUCAAAGAGGUACUUUAUCGCCAGGAAAAGCUGCAGACUUCUGCAUUCUUUCUAUCGAUCCUUUCGCAAACGGAGUGGAGACUCUGCGAGAAGCUCAAGAAGGUGUUUCGCAGACCUGGAUUGGGGGGCAGUGCGUAUGGAAGCGAGAUUGA